UGUCGUUUCAAGUUCUUCUCAAUGAAGUUCUCAUCACGUGGAAAAGCGUUGUGAAGCUUUUCGAAACUCGAAUCAAAUGGCGGGCUAAAUCUCUCUCUAUAUCUCUGUAUUUGGCGAUGGAAUCGAUUAGCGAAAUCGGUGGUGGAGAUACAGCGAAGAAGACUACUAUGGCCUCUCUGGGACUCAUGUGUGAUAAAGAUAUGAAUGAGCAGCGGCUUAAAAUGGAUUCUUUCAUCGCUUCUCCGUUCCAGAGAUCGAUGGACUCUGUACUGGAGCGAGCUAAAGCCACUGCACAAAGCCAAGUGGAACUAGCGAAUAUGAAAGCGCGGCUGAGAGAUGCAGAGGAUGAGCUCGUUAAAGUGUUGGCAGAAAAGACACGUAAAGAGGCAAGGCAAGUGGGGUUAAGGGAUUCCAUUUCUGCAACACAAUCUCGAAUCGAAGUGCUUAGAAGAACUCUGCAGUUACAGAAGUCAAAGAGGGAAGAACAUGCCAAAGUUAUCUCCCAAUAACUGCAAGCCUUAUCAGUAUCCAAGGACAAUACUGGUAAAGUCACAGAAGAGAAAGGGGAUAUACAAGAAACCAUCUCUUGGUAUAAUCAGGCUCUCGGUUUUCACGUUGAAGCUGGACAUGGAGUUAAAUUCACAUUCACCAACAUUGAUGCAAAAAGGCAUACACGCGAGUUUUCAUUCACAGUUCACUAUGGAAAUGACAUCUACACACUAUUGGAUUGCAACCCACAAUUAGAUGGUAUCGAAGAGAGGGUUCAAGAAUUGAAUAAAACCAAUGACCUUUUCGGAUUUGUUCGUCUAAUGAGAGAUAAGUUUCUCAAAGCCACCUUCUCUGAGUUGCCAACAAAUUCAGAAAAUCCGAAACAGGAAACAUCUAUCAUAUCUGCUUCAGCUCCAGCUAUCACUGAAACAAGCAUGUCAACUCCAGAGAACAAAGGAUCUAAGGUUCAAUUGAAUCGGCGACACAAAAGAUCUAGCGAUUCACCACUCCCGUCUCCUGCACCCACGUCUUCUGCUCGCCGUUCUUCUCGCCUUAAGGCUAAGAAAUGAAGGUGGAGCAUAAAACUUGAGGACCUCACAUGGGAGGAAAUAACCCAGAAAUAAGAAAGAUAUAAAGCAGUGAAUGAAUGAUUUUUACCGCUUCUGUGACUUGGCUGAUUGAUGGAGUGUAGAUGCGUGUAUUACUUGUAGUUGUUCCUAUUAUUGAAAGUAGAGGAAUGCCAACGAGGAUUAGAAUGCUAAAAUUUGUGAUAAACUAUGAUCAUC